AAACUUGGAUCCAUGUGCAAAAUGCAGGACCUUGGAGAAACAAAGUACUUCCUCAGAAUAGAAAUCCAAUGUGAUCAUUUAAACAAAACAAUUUCCCUCUUGCAACCCCAAUACAUUGACAUGGUCUUGGAGUUAACUGGAAUGAAAAACUGUAAACUGGUAUAG